UUCAGAGAGCGCCAGGAACAAGCACGGCGUCCGGGGCUUUUACCGCCAUGCAGGGGGACGCGCCAGCCAUGAAGGUCUCUGACAGUGACGGCAAGCUGGAUACGGCGCCCAGUCCCCACAACCAUCGGGCAGCCAGCAGAGCGGCAGGGAGCAAGCCGUGGCAGUACAGCGAUCACAUGGAGAAUAUUUGCGGCUACCUGAUGAAGUACACCAACCUGGUCACCGGAUGGCAGUUUCGCUUUUUCGUUUUGAAUAACGAGGCCGGCCUGCUGGAAUACUUCCUUAACGAGCAGUCCAAGAAUCAGAAGCCACGGGCGACGGUCCAGCUGGCCGGGGCAGUUAUCUCUCCCAGCGAUGAAGACUCUCACACGUUUACUGUGAACGCAGCCAGCGGAGAGCUCUACAAGCUCCGAGCCUCUGAUGCCAAGGAGCGUCAGCACUGGGUGAGCCGGCUGCAGAUCUGCACUCAGCACCACACGGAGGCCAUCGGGAAGAAUAAUCCUCCUCUAAAGUCGCGCAGCUUCUCUCUGGCCUCUCAGGGCAGCGGGAACUCUCCGGGGUCCCAGCGGCGGCCCAGUCAAAACGCAUCUUCCUUCUUCAACGCCAGCCACCACCGAGCAAUGCCCCCCAACCGGCGAGCCCAGACCCUGCAGCCGGACCACCUCGGGGACGUCCGCGAGAUGAUGAUCCGGGCCGAGGGGCAGCAGAGGGAGUUGAUGCGCAGCAUCGAGGGGCUUCCCUCAACCGGUCAACUCAACUCUCUGGACCAGGACCUCCUGAUGCUCAAAGCCACGUCCCUGGCCACCCUGAACUGUCUGAACGACUGCUUCCACAUGCUGCACCAGCAACACGCUGCCUUCAGCAGGCAGAUCCUGCCGCCGGGAAUGACGAUCAAUUGGCCGGAACCCAAGAUCCCGCUGUCCAACCACCUUAAGAACGGAGAGGAUCCCAGCUUCCCCACGGAGGAGAGCAAAGAGCCGGACUUACUGAGCGAGGCGCAUGCUGUGACCGAGGGCCUGCAGCUGACCCGGGAGCCUGAAGACAUAGACCAGGAGGAUGAAGUGGAGGAUGAGUGUGACUUGGAGGAAGAUGACUUGGGUGCCGUGGAGGAGCAGCGCAGCAUCAUCCUGCACCUCCUGUCGCAGCUCAAACUCGGCAUGGACCUGACGCGGGUGGUCCUCCCAACCUUCAUCUUGGAGAAGCGCUCCUUGUUGGAGAUGUACGCCGACUUCCUGUCGCACCCGGACCUCUUCCUGUCCGUCAGCUGCGGCCGGACCCCAGAAGAGCGGAUGGUGAGGUUUGUGGAAUAUUACCUGACCUCUUUUCACGAGGGCCGCAAGGGGGCGCUGGCCAAGAAGCCCUACAACCCCAUCAUCGGCGAAACAUUUCACUGCUCCUGGAGGGUCCCGAAAGACACUGUGGGGUCCGCAGAACCCCUCGAGGCUCCGGCGCCGGACGCUCCGGACCAAGCGCCUCGUUUGGAGGAGACGGGGAGGAAAGAUCCGGACUUUUAUACAGUCAGAUUUGUGGCGGAACAAGUUUCUCACCACCCUCCGGUGUCCGGAUUCUACGCAGAGUGUCCGGAACGCAAAAUGUGCGUCAAUACCCACGUGUGGACCAAAAGCAAGUUCAUGGGGAUGUCCAUUGGCGUGACCAUGAUCGGCGAAGGAGUCCUGCAUCUGCUGGAGCACGGAGAGGAGUACACCUUCACUCUGCCAUGCGCGUACGCGCGCUCCAUACUCACCGUGCCGUGGGUGGAACUCGGGGGGAAGAUCAACGUGAACUGCGCAAAGUCGGGUUACUCGGCCGCCAUCACGUUCCACACCAAGCCCUUCUAUGGAGGCAAGUUACACAGGGUCACGGGGGAGAUUAAACACAACCCUUCGAACAGCGUGGCGUGUAGGAUUCAGGGAGAGUGGAACAGCGUGCUGGAGUUCGCACACAGCAGCGGCGAGACGCGAUCGGUCGACCUCUCCAAGCUCCCGGUGACGCGGAAGCGCGUGCGUCCCGUCGAGAAGCAGGGGCUCUUCGAAUCAAGGCGUCUCUGGGCUGAAGUUACGGAGUCUUUGCGCGCAAAAAAUAUAGACAAAGCCACAGAACACAAGCGGAGUCUGGAGGAGCGUCAGAGAGCGGAGGAGCGGCUGCGGGCCGAGACCGAGACCGCCUGGAAGACGAAAUACUUUAAUAAAGAGGGAGACGGAUGGGUGUAUUACCGGCCCCUGUGGACGAGCCCCGAUUCUGGCCUUUAAUGGAGCGGUGUGACGUGCCGGUGCUCGAGGGGCGGGACCCCGUCUGCGGUGACUCUCGGCUUUUCUGCGGGACGGAGGAGGCUCCGCUCGGCGUGGUUCAUGUUAUCCUCUCUGCGGCAGCGGC